AAACGAGUUCAGACCCUGGAUAGAUGUCAAGCCUGUGAAAGCUAUAAAAGCAAAGGCCCAGUACAAGCCACCAGAGGAGAAAAUGACCCAUGAAACUAGUUACAGUGCUCAAUUCAAGGGGGAAACCAGUAAACCUGCUCCAGCCGAUAACAAAUUCCUGGAGCGCAGAAGGAUACGCACUCUCUACAGCGAACCCUACAAAGAACCACCAAAGGUGGAAAAGCCUAGCGUAAAGCCUUCCAAACCAAAAAAGACCACAACAAGCCAUAAACCCCUGAAAAAGGCCAAAGACAAGCAGAUUGCAUCUGGCCGGGCUGCCAAGAAAAAGAGCGCCGAGACCUCCAACACAGCAAAGCCAGAGGACAAGGAGAAAAGUAAAGAGAUGAACAAUAAACUGGCUGAGGCAAAAGAGACCCCUGAAAAAAAUACUGGUGCUACAGACCAAGAACCAAGUACCUUAGUGCAGGACCAACGCGCGUGACGUCGAGCACUUUCUCCUGAGCGACGGUUGGAGCAAACAUAUAGUCUGCAUGAAAUGUGUCAUCGUCUGGCUGGCAAACAAUAAAGCUGGUGA